AUGUAAAUUAAUGUUCGACAAUCUUCAAAAAGUAGAAUAUUACUAAAUAUGAUUGAUAACUAUUAGAAAUCUCCUGAUGAUGAAGCUCUACUUGAAGCCUCUAAAAAUAGUUCAGUUGCUUAGAUUGAGAGGAGAUUCAAAAAAAGCUAAGUUAAUCAAACAUAUGCAUUUCCUAGAACAGAAGAAAAUAACAAAAAGAUAAAUUCAGAAUCUCCUAUAUCAAAAUAAUUCUCACCUAAAGAACAACUUUAACAGAAAGACAGCUUCAAAGAUCUUCUGAAAAAAAUAUAUCUCUCCAACCUAAAAAAUAAUUCAAGGAACACUUAAAUGAACCCAGAGUUUAUCAAGUAAUAGUACUCAAUACUGCAGCAAUCUCAUCGUAAAUCAUUUUAGACUGCAAAUAAAUCAAAACUAUAACAAUCCUUAAGUUAAAAUCGACUUUUAACAGAUGUAGGUUAUAAAUAAAGUUACUCAAGGGGAUAAUCCCCUGAAAAUAAAUAAUUUUACUCAAAUCGUCCAGUCGGAACAUAGCUUUCUAAAUUUAUAAAUUAAAAUAUUAAGGAAAAGCAAAGAUCUUAAUACAUUUUGAAUUAACAAAACUCAUGCAGAAGCUUUGAACUAAGAUAUUAAUUUAACAAAUCACCUUAUUCAUUAAUGUAAAAUAAAAGCUUUGAUUUAAUUAAAUAGCUUUAAUAAUUUUCAAGUCUAUAAAAAGUAAAAUCUAAAAAUAAUUGA